AAUUAUCCAAGAGGGGAAUUGAGAUGACAUGCAGCAAAUGUCAUACCAAGGGUCACAACAAAAGGAGAUGUUUUAGGGAGCCUAAUACUACAGGCCCAAAUUCAAGUAAUGCAGUUGUUGGCCCAAAUUCAAGUAAUGUUGCUGCUACUGUCCCACAUCCUACAACUGCUGCUACUGUCCCACAUCCUACAACUGCUGCUGCUGUCCCAAAUUCAAGUAAUGCAGCUGCUUCAACUAGCAGAGGAAGGGGUAGACCAAAAGGUUCAAAGAAGAAUGUUGGUAUUAGCAGGCCAAGUAUGGUUGGAAUGGGGGUGCUGCACACACAAAGUGGGCAAACAAUCAUUAAUCCUGGGCUGCCAAGUCAAAGGUUUAGAACUGUUAAGUCUUCAGCAGUGGUAACUGGUGUUCUUGGACAUAAGGCAACAUGUGGUGUGAAGUGGAAGGGAAAAGAUGCUAUGACCUCAAGGCAGCUUGGAGAAAUGAGGGGAAAAAUGGCCAAAGCUACACAAUCGAGCCAAGGAAGUUCCACUACUCCACUAUGACUGCAUUCUGUUGGUGUUACUAUUUU